UGUGUCUCUCACAUACAUAAUAUACAUCAGAAGACAGCUUUCUCUUUCAAAAUUUUUUUUUUUUUUCUGAUAGAAAAUACCAGUAUGGGAAUCCUUGCUAAAGAAGAAAACGACGACGUUUCAGCUGAUGAUGUCCAUCUAACAAAAAAGCUCAAAUACACAGCAGCUCAAGAUGAUGAACAAAAAAAACAAUUACAACUACUAGAAGAAGAAGAAGAAGGUUACAGCUGCAGCGACGAAGAAGAAGAUAUUGACGAUGAUAAUAAUGAUGGAUUUGUGUUAAGAUUAGGAGAGUAUUUUAAUCCGAUGAUUCCGACGUCGAUAGUGGUUUCAGAUGCCAUGGAACCCGAUUUACCUAUUAUUUAUGUUAAUAAAGUUUUUGAAUCCGUGACCGGCUACCGUGCUGAUGAAGUCCUCGGCCGCAACUGUCGAUUUUUGCAGUACCGAGACCCACGAGCCCAAAGACGGCAUCCUCUGGUGGACCCCGUUUGUGUGUCGGAGAUCAGAAGGUGUCUAAAUGAAGGCCUUGAUUUCCAGGGAGAGCUUCUUAACUUUAGAAAAGACGGUACUCCAAUGGUGAACCGACUAAGACUUGCUCCGAUACAUGACGAUGAUGGUAUAGUCACACACGUUAUCGGUAUUCAAGUGUUUACAGAAACGAAAAUCGAUUUAAAUAGUGUGUCAUACCCUGUUUUUAAAGAGACUUGCAAGAACCAAUCUGAUCAGGAGGUGGGUAAGUAUUCUCCAAAGAGUGGACAAAUAAAGUAUAUAGAGUGCCAGGAAAUAUGUGGGAUUCUUCAGCUUUCUGAUGAAGUAAUGGCUCACAACAUUUUGUCACGUUUGACGCCUCGAGAUGUUGCUUCGAUUGGUUCUGUUUGUAGAAGGAUACGUCAACUUACAAAGAACGAGCAUUUGAGGAAAAUGGUGUGUCAAAAUGCUUGGGGGAGAGAAGUGACAGGUGCAUUAGAAAACAUGACGCAUAAGUUAGGGUGGGGUCGUCUAGCUCGAGAAUUAACCACUCUUGAAGCUGUUUGUUGGAAGAAACUUAGAGUCGGUGGUGCGGUUGAGCCUUCACGAUGCAAUUUUAGUGCUUGUGCUGCUGGUAACCGACUAGUUUUGUUUGGAGGGGAAGGAGUUAAUAUGCAGCCGAUGGAUGAUACUUUUGUUCUCAAUCUUGACGCUGUGAAUCCUGAGUGGCGUCAGGUGAGUGUAAAGUCUUCCCCACCGGGUCGUUGGGGCCACACUCUCUCAUGCCUUAACGGGUCUUGGUUAGUGGUUUUUGGUGGGUGUGGAAAACAAGGGUUACUCAACGAUGUGUUUGUUCUUGACCUGGAUGCCAAGCAACCAACAUGGAUAGAAGUCUAUGGUGGUGGUGCGCCGCCACCUAGGUCUUGGCACAGCUCAUGCACCAUAGAAGGGUCAAAACUAGUGGUUUCAGGUGGGUGCACCGAUGCAGGAGUCCUUCUAAACGACACAUUUUUGCUUGAUCUAACUAUGAAAAAUCCUAUUUGGAGAGAGAUUCCAACUUCGCAGGUCCCUCCAUCUCGACUAGGCCAUUCGUUGUCAGUUUAUGGAAGGACCAAGAUUCUUAUGUUUGGUGGGCUUGCUAACAGUGGUCACUUAAGGUUAAGAUCAAGUGAGGUAUACACCAUAGAUCUGGUGGAUGAGAAGCCGCAAUGGAGGCUUUUGGAAUGCAAUGCAUUUACAGGGGUAGGGAUCCAGAGUGCGGUGGUUCCACCGCCUAGGCUUGACCAUGUAGCCAUGAGUAUGCCAUGUGGGCGCAUAAUAAUAUUUGGAGGUUCAAUUGCUGGGCUGCACUCUCCUGCUCAGGUGUUCUUGCUGGACCCUGCAGAGGAGAAACCGUCUUGGAGGAUACUGAAUGUACCUGGUCAACCCCCAAAAUUUGCUUGGGGUCAUAGUACUUGUGUGGUUGGGGGUACAAGGGUUCUUGUUUUGGGUGGUCAUACGGGCGAAGAGUGGGUUCUUAAUGAGUUACAUGAACUGUGCUUGGCAAGCAGGCAGGAUGUGGAGUCAUGAUCUCGAGUUUGGUCUUGUAUGUGUUGAGUCAUUUAAUGCUUGUAAGUGUUAACCUAGUUUUGCAUUGGUAAUGUUUCAUAGUAAUUUGUAUAUCAUGUAGUGGAAAACAUUAGGUCAUUGAUCUGCUAAAAGAGUUUGUGUUUCAACAUAUGAGUUACUAUAACUGCACAGGUAGUGUAUUGUAAUAAUGAUAUUUACUUGUGUAAUUUGUACUUCGGCUUUGAGUGAAGCAUGGUUGAUUUUUCUUUUUGCA